AGCCCUGCCUGACGCGCGGCCGCUCCCCUGCGCAGGCAUGGAUAACUUCGAGUACAGCAUCCAGCUGAACGACCGCGAGUGGGCCGAGUUCCUGCGGGCGUCCGAGGAGUGCAGCCUGGCGCCGGCCUCGCUGGCCACGGCCGAGGAGCAGAGCCUCAGUGACAUUGAGCCCGGGGACGGCCGGGGCCGGGACCGUCCCCGCGGCACGGCCGGCGUGCCCGCAGCGCGGCCGGGCACCGAGCCAGCGCCGGGCACGGCCGGCCCGGCCCCUCGCGGGGACACCGGCGACACCGGCGAGCGCGGGCACGGCUCGGCGCCGCUGGCGGGCAGCGAGGACGAAGCGGAGCGGGGCUCGGCGGGCACGUUCCCGUGCCCGGCGGCCGCUGCCAUGCCCAGCGCCCAGCGGAGGCUGCCGGCGCAGGGCGGCCCCGGGCAGGACGCGGCGGCCGGGGGCGGCCGGGCCGCGGAGCCCCCCGGAGCCCCCGAGCACGGCGGGGACGCGGCAGGGGGACGAGCCCCGCCGGCAGAGCCGGGAGCGGCGGCACGGCCGGCGACGGUGGCACAGCCGGAGGCUCCAGCAGCCUCUGCCCCCGCGGAGGGAGCGGCCGGGAAAAGCGCUGCCCCCGCCGGGCCCGGGCUGCGGGGACCCGCCGGGGACCCCCCGAGCCCGUCCCCGGGCGCGGGGCCCAGGCUGGCACCGGAGGAGGAGAAGGCGGGCACGGAGCCGAGCUCCCCGGGCGGAUCCCCCGGCGUGGUGCGGCCCAAGGUGCCGGCGCAGCCCAGGAAGAGCCGCAAGCAGCGCGGAGCCGGCGGCCCCGAGGGGGACAGGGACCCCGCGGCGGCUGCCGCCGGGAAGGCACCUCCGGGCUCCCCGGUGUCCCCUCGGAAGGGCAGAGGGAAGGACAAGGCGGCCAAGGCAGCGCUGGCGAGGCUGGGCAGCGAGGAGGCGGCGGAGAACAAGCGGGCGCUGCCCGGCCCCGGCGCGGACGGCGGCGAUGCCCCAAAGCCGCGGGGGAAGGAGCCGGGGGCGCAGGGCCCCGCGAAGGCGAAGGCCACCAAGCCCCCAAAGGCAGGGCAGGCCGCUGGCUUGGGCGUACGUGACAGUGUCCCAGCGGUCCCUGGCGACGGAGCCGCGGCUCCUCCAGGAGAGGCGAGCCAGGAGAUGCCAGGGAAGCCAUUCCAGCCCGGGAACGUGGCAGCGUUCGGAGGGAAUGCUGCUGAGGGGGCUGGGGGGGAGCCUGCUGCUGAGAUCCCUGGAAUUGCUGCUCCUGAGAUCCCUGGAAUUGCUGCUCCUGAGAUCCCUGGAAUUGCUGCUGCUGAGAUUCCUGGAAUUGCUGCUCCUGAGAUCCCUGGAAUUGCUGCUGCUGAGAUUCCUGGAAUUGCUGUUGGUGAGACCUCCAGGAAGUCUGGAGCUGAGAUUCCCAGGAAGCCCUCAGAGACCCCUGAGGUUCCUGCAGCUGUGAUUCCCAGGAAACCUGUACCCGAAAGCCCUUGGGAGCCUGCAGCUGGGAUCCCCAGGACUCCUGCAGCUGGGAUCCCCAAGAGUCCUACACUGGGGAUCCCUUGGGAGCCUGCAACAGGGAUCCCCAGGAUUCCUGCAGCUGAGUUCCCCAGGAUCCCUGCCGUUGAGAUCCCCAGGAUUCCUGCAGCUGAGUUCCCCAGGAUCCCUGCCAUUGAGAUCCCAUGUGAGCCUGCAGCUGAGAUCCCCAGGAUCCCUGCCAUUGAGAUCCCGUGUGAGCCUUUAGGUGGGAUCCCCACAGUUCCUGGGGCCAGGAUCCCCACGGUUCCUGCAGUUGGGAUCCCCACGGUUCCUGCAGUUGGGAUCCCCGCGGUUCCUGGGGCCGGGAUCCCCACGGUUCCUGGGGCCGGGAUCCCUUGGGAAGCUGUGGCUGAGCUGCCCAGGGCCGUGAGCCCGCUGGGCUUUGCUGCCGGGGCCCCUGGCAAGCCCAGCUGCCUGGAUGUGACCUGGCCCGAGAUGUACGAGUACCUGUUCUGCGAUUCCCAGGAGGAGGAGGAGCUGGGCAGCUCCCUGGAGGGCCGCAAAUCCCCCUUGCAGGGGGACAUCUCCUGGCCAGAACUCUACGAGUAUUUUUUCACCGAGCCAGAAGGAAGCAGGAAAAGAGGAGCAGCAGAGGAGCCCCGGGUGCUGAGCCACAAGGACAUGUGCCUCGUCUUCUGCGCCUUCGCCUCCUGGGCCGUGAAGACAUCUGACCUGCAGGCUCCGGAUGCCUGGAAGACCAUGUUCCUGGCGAGCUUUGGCACCCUCUCGGCCAUCCGCUACUUCCGAAGGCAGGUCAGGGAAGGGCAGCCCCGGACUUAACCCCGGCCGGAGCCGCUGCCCGGGCCCGGGGCUUCGUUGUGGGCAGCGGGAGGAGCCUGGAGCCAGCGCCAGGAGCUUCCCCGGCCCGGCCCCGGCGGGACAGGA